AUGACCGUUAGGUCACAGAUAUUUGGGUUGAAAGAGGGGAAGCCCUGUGAUUUUAGUACAAUGAAUACAAAGCUUAAUGAAAACGAGAUAAAUGAAAAAUUACGUAAUGUGAAUUCCAUCGAAGGUUUCUAUGCCGGAACUGGAGUUCUUAUGACAGGGGCGACAGGAUUCGUGGGCAAAGGCCUCCUCGAAAAACUGAUACGCACGUCUUCACACAUCGCUGCAAUUUUUAUAUUUAUCCGGCCGAAACGUAACCAAACGAUAGAACAACGAUUUAAGAAGCUAAUAGAUGAUCCGAUUUUCGAUGGUGUCAGAGCACAAAACCCAACAAUUUUCGAUAAAAUUCAUCUCGUGGAGGGCGACGUGACUCUACCAGAUUUAGGUCUUUUGCAAAAAGACAGAGAUAUGUUGAUAGAGAAUGUAAACAUAGUGUUCCACGUUGCGGCCACUAUAAAUUUCCAUCAACCAUUGGAUAUGAUCGUCAAUGCAAAUGUGAAGGGUACCGCUAAUAUUAUCAAACUGUGCAAGGAACUCAAGCAU